AUGAACGCGCUCUUCCCGAGCACCUUGCAAUGCGUGGAGAUCCCCGAGAAUUGCGCCGUGCCCGGGGGUGCUGCCACCGAAGGUAAGGCGCCUAAGACUGCUCGCCGCAAGGCCGGCACUACCGAGGAUUUAGAUGAGGAGGAAGAAGACGACGACGAGGACGAGGAGGAGGAAGUUCCGCCAGUGCCCGGGCAAGAUCUGGGGGAGAUCUUCUGCAUCGAGGAGACGGAGGUCUGCGAUUUCCUGAUCCGGCCCGGCUCCGAGCUGCUCCUGUGCAAGGCAGGCCUGGAGCGGCUGCUGGGGCCCAUCGCCCACGCGGUACUCGGCCACCGCCGGGCCUUCGAUGCGCAGAUCUCGCAGGAGUUCAGCGGGGAGCUGCUGCGGGAGGCCGCCCAGCGCCGCGCGGAGCUGAACCGCGCCAGGUGGUCCCAGGACAAGAGCCGCUUGGCGUGCCGCCAGCCCUUGCCCACGGCUUCAGAGAAGCAGCUGGUGUUCAACUUCGAGGCCUGGGCGAAGCGGCGAAGCGCUUUGAACGAAACGGAGGCACUGCGGAGGAUCCUGGACCAUAUCUACGACCACACCACCCAGAUGCAGCGUCUUACCUCAGAGAUCAACUCAGACUCGGAGGACAACUCUGUGCUGGGCUCCUUUGUGUCCUCGCUGCCGCCGAUCAAGCCCGGCUCUCGAGGGUCUGCAAGAGUAUCCGCAGACGACGAUGACGACGACAGCAAGAGCAGCAAGAGCAGCAAGAGCGAAGGCGCUUCUAGCACUUCCUCCCUGACGGCCAGCUCGCAGAUGGCGCCCUCCCUGAACCCUUCGCUGAUGCGUGCGCGUGACAACUCGAUUUCAGACGAGGAGGAGCUGCACCUUGCGGAGAACCCGCCGGCGCGGCGCCGGGCCAGUCUGCACUGGGUGGAGCUGCGGCAAUCCGCGAAGCUCCUGCUCUGGGCCAAGCAGAAGCGGCGCCGGGGUGUGAUGGCCUCCCUGCCCGAGAUGGAGGCGCCGAUCGAGGCAGUCACUUCUUCCAUCCGCUUGGAGGAAGCAGCACCCGACCACAAGUUGGUCCACUUCGAGGAGGGCACCGUGGAGCCUCUGCGCACCGCCCAGCGCCGGGAAUGGCGGCCUCCCACGCCACACCCGCAGCAGUCCCCAGAGGCAGCGAGGCGCACAAACCCGCACAAGGCGAAGGAGCGCUUUCAGAAGGCCGCGCGCCGCGGCCUGAAGUUCGACUGGCUAGGUUGGGAUUCCUGA